AUGGGUAAAGGGAAAGAAAAGCGCUCUUCGGGCGCUACAGAAGACCCAAAGAAGUCAGAUACCUCCGUCACGGAAUCUCAAACCGCCGAGAUUCCUCAGUUCAAAGACGGCGCCUUUGCGGGCCUACGAGAGAAAAUCGAACAGCGAUUGAACAAACAGAGCUCUGGCAAGGGCAAGAAGAAGGACAACAAGCCUCAGCCUUCUAUCGAGACGCCUAAGAAGGAUAUCCCAAAGUCUGGCAAGAAUCAGGGAUCUGCGCAGGGCAAGAAGCGUGAUCGCAAUGGAGAUGUGAUUGCCCGGGAGCCGAAGGGAGAUAAGAGGAAGCAGGACAAGCCCGAGGGUUCCAAGAAGAGCAGCAAGAAUGACAAGCUGCGUGAGGAGAUUUUGGCACUAGGAGGCACCGAAGAGGAUCUGGAUCUUCUCGACGGUGUCGACUCUGAGUCGGAGGUCGAGGGCGAGAAAGGAGGCGACGAUGAUUUGCGCAAGGAACUUGCAAAAAUGCUGGAGGCUUCCGGCCACGUCGUUCCUGCGGAUCUAGACGACGAGGAGGCUGAAGCUGAGCUAGCCGAAGCUGAGGCCAAGGCUGCGGCCGAGAAAGAAGAAGAAGAGGAGGAAGAGGAAGAGGAGGACAUCGCAGAGGUCGAUGACGGCGGUGAAGCGGAUAGCGAAGAUGCCAGCGAAGCUGAAGAGUCUGACAUUGAGGCAGCACCUCCCGCUAAACCGAUUAAAGCGAAGGAAGCCGAAGUUAUUAUACCCAAGGAAUUUACAAAACUUACUUGUCUUCCCCGAUCCGACUGGUACAACAUCCCGCUCCCCCCGCUGAAAAGCGCAACGCAAAUGAACGCCCUGCCUCGUCACUUGGUCGAGCGCAUUCAUGAAGUCGCCAACACCUUUCUCCAAGAGGAGACCGAUCUGUACGCGGAAGCGCAGCAGGCAUCUGCCUCCUCGUCCCACAAGUUCUACACAACAAUCAUGGCUUCUGGUACCCUCAGCGAUAAGAUCUCCGCUCUGACCCUCGCUGUUCAAGAAUCGCCGCUGCACAACACGCUGUCAUUGCAGAACCUCAUUGGCCUGGGAAAGAAACGAAGCCGUGCCCAGGCUGUUGAAGUAUUGCGCUCUUUGAAGGAUAUGUUCGCUCAGGGUACUUUGUUGCCCAGCGAUCGGCGACUAAGGUCGUUUGCCAACCAGCCCGGUCUCGUUGCUGCAUUCCAAGGCGCUCCUGGCCGAUGGACCGAGCGGGACCCCCUUCCUGGAGGCUUGCAGAAGAGCCACUUGAUUGUCUGGGCUUUUGAAGACUACUUGAAGGAGCAGUUCUUCGAAAUGCUUAAGAUUCUCGAGGUUUGGUGUAACGACGAGAUUGAGUUCUCCCGUUCCCGUGCUGUCAGUUACGUGUACGAGCUUUUGAAGGAGAAGCCCGAGCAAGAAGCCAAUCUCCUGCGUCUUCUUGUGAACAAACUUGGAGACCCGGGCAAGAAAAUCGCUUCUCGUGCCUCUUACCUGCUGUUGCAGCUUGAGCAGCAGCAUCCGCUCAUGAAGCCCCUCAUCAUCAAGGGUGUCGAGGAACUACUGUUCCGUCCUGGCCAGAGCCAGCACGCCAAGUACUACGCCAUCAUCACCCUGAACCAAACUGUUCUCAGCACCAAGGAACCCAAGGUGGCUGAUCAAUUGCUAGACAUCUACUUCUCUCUUUUCGUUACUUUCUUGAAGCCUACCAAGCAGGUGUCUCAGGGCAAACAUGGAAAGGGUCCUAAGGGCAAUGGCAAGGGCAAUGGCAAAGAUGAGGUCAAGGGCGAGGCUCAGACCGAUGAGAUGCGCGAGAAGCUGACUUCUGGUGUCUUGACUGGUGUCAACCGCGCUCACCCUUUCACCGACUCUGACUCUGACCGCCUCACCAAGCAUAUCGACACGCUCUUCCACAUUACGCACUCAUUACUGCCCUCUCACCAGAUCUCCAGUGACCGCUUCUACCGCACGCUGUAUGAGUCCCUUCUGGACCCGCGCGUCGCUACAUCCUCAAAGCAGUCGCUUUACCUAAACCUUUUGUUCAAGUCUCUCAAGAAUGACCUGAACAUCCGCCGAGUGAAGGCAUUUGUUAAGCGUAUUGUGCAGGUCCUUGGAAUGCACCAGCCUGCCUUUAUCUGCGGUGUCUUCUACCUCAUCCGCGAACUCGAAAAGUCCUUCCCCGGUCUUUCGUCUCUGCUAGAUCAGCCUGAAGACAACGAGAGCGAUGGCGAGGAAAAUUUCCAGGAUGUCCCUGACGAGGAUGACGAGCAGUCGCAGCCGCAGCCAACACCCGUGGUGGUCAAGAAGCAGUCCAAUGGAUACGAUCCUCGCAAACGCGAUCCGGAGCACAGCAAUGCCGACAAAACUUGUCUUUGGGAAUUGCUUCCCUACACCGCUCACUUCCACCCUUCUGUCUCCGUCAAUGCCGCGAACCUGCUGGAGCACCAGCCUAUGAGCGGCAAGCCCGACAUGACUAUUCACACUCUCACCCACUUCCUGGAUCGCUUCGUGUACCGUACCCCCAAGGCCAGCGCUGCUUCUCGCGGAGCCUCAAUCAUGCAGCCUCUGGCUGGUGGCGAUGCGGCCGACCGACUGGUGGAGGCCGUCAAGUCGGCUGGACAGGCUGUGCCCCUCAACUCGGAGAACUUCUGGAAGAAGAAGGCAGAAGAUGUGGCCGCGGAAGAUGUCUUCUUCCACCAGUACUUCACUCGUGUUAACGAGGGCAAGGUCAAGGCCAAGAAGGGCAAGGGCACCGUUGACCCCGUUAACCGCGAUGAGGAAGGUAUCGACGAUAUCGAUGGUCUCAGUGGGGAUGAGGAUGAGAUCUGGAAGGCCCUGGUUGACUCGAAGCCGGAUCUUGAGGAAGCUGACGACAGCGACGACGACCUGGAUUUGGAUGAUCUGGAAUCUGCCUACGACGAUGAUGAGGCUGAAGGCGGAGCCAGCGGCGACGAAGACGUCAUUUUCAAUGAGGAGUCCGAUGUGCCCUCGGAUGAAGAGAUGGAGGAGGCCGAGUUUGGCGGAUUCGAGGACGAGGAAGCUGCUCCUGCCCCGAAGAAGAGCAAGAAGGCCGCCAAGAAGGAGGAGCCCGAGGACGACUCGGACGCCUUCGACAUGGACGUAUCAGACGACGAGGCCUUCCUCGACAGCGACGAGGACCUGCCGUCCGACAUGGAGCUGGGCGGCGUCAAGUUGCCGGCCGAGACGGAGCCGUCGACGUCGAAACGCGACAAACGCCGCAAGCUCAAGCACUUGCCGACAUUCGCCUCUGCGGACGAUUACGCGGCGUUGUUGGGCGACGAGGACGACGGCAUGUAG